AAAUGUAUCUGUUCUAAAAGAUUGCCAUACGUAAUCUCGCCUGCCGUGACUAACCAGUAUCCGGUUUUUAGCUACUGUACUGUUCUGUAAUUGACGUUUAAUUUCGUAAAACGAUUUUUUAAUUGCUUGUGUCCACCACAUUUUAUAUUUUUAUUAUAAAAUCGAGUUACACAAAGACAAAAUGAACCCUGAUCUGCAAAUGGCUAAUGAUUUAUACAAUAAAUCGCAAGAGCCUCAUGGAAUCAGCCGCCCACUAAGACGGAGCUAUUUGGAAAAGUCGUUAUCGUUGUACCGAUCGCAAAUGCGUCACACGGCGCAGAAAAAUGUUCCGUCUCUCCAGAAGAAUUACGGGCUAGCCAGCUACCGAUUGGCCGAUGUACUUGAUGCGGACGAUGAUUUGCCGUUGAUCAUUUUUCAUUUGAGUGAAGCGAUUCAAGCUUUCUCGACAGCUUGGGUCAUGAGACCGAAAGACAAACAAACCGAAUGGGGUAGUCGAUUGGAAGAAUUGAUUUCAGAUUGUUUCGAGAAGUCGCAUCGUUCACUCAAUGGCGAUGUGACGAAAUUCCAUUUCAUCGAUCAACUUUCCAAAGCAGUCGGAAACGGCAAAGAGAAUGACGUACAUCGCAUUCGACUGCAUCUGGCAAACGGACAAUAUUUCUAUCGUUGUGGGGUUAAAGUGAUGGAAGGGAAUGAUUACUUAAGCACUGUCCGGAUGGUGGAAUAUGCUUCGCAUCAAUUCGAAUUAGCUGCUCAAUCCGCUCAUGGCAGUACCGACAAUUUUUCGAUCGACAUUUCUCGCUUACAGGAGGACAUCUCAUUUCUGCGAAAGUCAUGCGAAGCGAUUAAAUUACGGGAGCAGGCCGACCGAUUAUUCGACGAUCAGGUGAUGCAGUCGGAGGAGUUCAAUUUCGAGAUGGUGUGGACCAUUUUGGAUUUGUACAAGGCGUCCGAGAUGCAUUGUCGGAACGUCGACAUCGAAAAUGAAGCCAUUGCUCUGUCACGUCAGGGCAGACUGUUCCACAAAAUUUUCAAUCUACGUUCGAAGGCGCACACCUACUACCGUGCAUCAUUUGAUCUGGCCGUAUCGUUACAUCCGAAAGAUAUGAAUAAUUUUGAAUGGUUCAAGGAAUGUAAAACGGCGUUGGAGGAACACCAGAAGGCAACGGUACGUGAAGAGGAGGCGAAGAAAGAUAAAGAGCGGGCUCCGUAUCUGGAGAAGAUGAAGGACAAGCUGGACGCCUUAAAAUCACAUGCGACCGACGCAUUCAAACUUCUGAAGUACAUUUACACCAACCAUCCACCGAAGGUCAGCUAUGACUACAAAGAAAAUUCCAUCGACAGUACAAACAUCAAAAAGGCCCUACUGAACGCCAUCAUUCAAUAUCAUCCCGAUAAGCAAGUUCAGUACGACAUGGAAUGGCGUGUUCUCAGCGAAGAGAUAACCAAAUGUCUGAAUGUUCGAUAUGAAUGCUUCAAGGGAUGCUGAUUGAGUCGCUGCCUGGAACACGUCGUUGUCGUUAUUUCCGUUUAAUUUGAAUUUAUGUUCUCUCUAUGCGCUUUCGCAAUAAAACUAAUCUGAACUCAACAUAAUCU